CCCAACAUGCUGAAGUGCCCUUAGCAGGCUCAGAGUAGGGAGAGGCUGCUGUGCCCUGCUCCUGUGGAGGCAGGCGGACACGGAGGGGCGGUGCUGGCCCUCCCCCUGUGAUCCUGCUGCUGCCUGAAUAAGCUCCGGCACUCCUCGCAGGGAUGGAGACGAUAUUGGGCGAGCAGCAGCAUGCUCUCACUCACUGACAGCAAUGAAAAGAAAUAUUAAGAGUUGAAGAGAAAUAUGCAAACCAUGCAAGAGACGCAGAGGCGUGCUGAUAGACGCGUGGUUGUCCCGCAAUGAGGAGCCGCCGACCUCCGGACCGGUGUGGAGCUGGAAGGGACAUGAGGGCAGCCUGGAUACUGACUGUGAUCACCCUCAUCACCGCUCAGACUGCCGAAGGAUCACCGCUGGUCCUGGAGCCAGAGGUUUUUCUGGAAAAAUACGGCUACCUCCAUCAGGACAACCACAUCCACAAUGCAGCUGAGAUACAGUCAGCUGUCUGCGAGUUCCAGUGGUUGUCUCGGCUUCCCGUCACAGGUGAGCUUGACGGCGCCACCCUGAGGCAGAUGUCUGAGCCCCGCUGUGGGGUGUCGGAUGAGGGCAGCCAGGAGAUCUGGGCUCAGAGGGUAAAUGCAAUCUUCACUGGAAGGAGACGACCACAUCGCCGCAGGAGGAGCUCUGCCCUGCAAGUUGAAAAGUGGUACAAACGCCAUCUGACCUACCAGAUAGUGAACUGGCCUCGCCACCUGUCUUUGGGCUCUGUGCGGCUUGCAGUGCGCACUGCCUUCCAGCUGUGGAGCAACGUGUCGGGCCUGGUAUUCCAGGAGACCCCUGAAGGUCCCGCAGACAUCCGACUGGCCUUUUAUGAGGGAGACCACAACGACGGGGCUGGCAAUGCCUUUGACGGGCCAGGAGGAACUCUGGCUCACGCCUUCCUGCCUCGCCGUGGGGAGGCCCAUUUCGACAGGGCGGAGAGGUGGACACUAAACGGACACAAGGGACACAACCUGUUCAUGGUGACCGCACACGAGAUCGGACACACACUGGGACUGGAGCACUCCCCGGUCCGUCAUGCCCUAAUGUCGCCGUACUACAGGAAACUGGGCCGCAGCCUGGUGCUGAGCUGGGACGACAUCAUCGCAGUGCAGCAGCUGUAUGGUAAACCAUCAGGUGAUCGCCCUGUGAGGCUGCCGGGCCAGGUUUUGCAUGCUGCGCUGCAGGAGUGGGAGUUCAGAGAGCUUCACAACGGGCAUGAGACCACAGGGCAGCCUCUCUACUGCCAGGGUGUGUUUGAUGCCAUCACUAUGGACCAGAAUAAGACGGUGCUGGUGUUUCGGGGGAGCGUGUACUGGACUGUAUCGGUCGAAGGUGCUGUGAGUGGCCCGCUGCCUCUCCGUCAGCGCUGGUCUGACCUCCCACCGGCCAUCGAGGCUGCUGCCUUCUCCCCGCUGGACUCCAAGUGGUAUUUUUUCAAAGGGAAACGUAUGUGGCGCUACACUGGCAGCGUGCUGGACCCUGGCUUCCCCAGGCAGAUCAGUGAGUUGGGGCUGCCUCGCCACCCCGACUGUGCCUUCUAUUACGCUCCUCUGGGUCACAUGGUCGUCUUCAAGGGCUCCCGCUACUCUGUGCUUAACCUAAAAACCCUGUGCCAAGAGCCCUACUACCCUCGCAGGCUGACAGACUGGACUGGCGUGCCACAGGGGACCAAUGGGGCGCUGACCCGCCCAGACGGACGCCUCUACCUGUUCAGAGAACAGCGGUUCUGGAGAUUUGACCCGGUCAAGGUGCGAAUCACCAAAGAGGGCCUGUGGGCCAAAGAUCUGAGCUGGACUGGUUGCAGCAACGCUCCUGAGAGCAACAACCUCCUUUGACCAGCAGAGGGAGCUGUAAGCCUAGAUAAAGUGCAAUUUGUUGGCGUUUCCUGUAACAUAAAGGUGCUCAGUCUGAACCCACAGAGUUUAUAUGUUACAGACUGAGCCUAGCUCUGCAAACUCAUGCCAUGAAGGGAUUCAUCAUGAAUAAAGACACUUGGUUUAUACAUUAAAGCACAUUUAGUAUGUAUAUUGCAGAGCAAUGGAUAUUACUGUAUAUGGAUGUGCAAUUAUAGCCUCACUAGUACUGUUUAGAUAAUGUGUUGAGACCAUCUUCUUCUCUCUUGUAGUAUUUGCACACUGACAGAGAAACUAAAGUGUUUUUAUCAUUUCUUCUGAAAUGUCACUAACGUAUUGUAUAAGUAAUGUUACUUACCUUCGCCUGUGAUUAUCUGUUCCCUCCAUAUUUUCUACCUAAUCUUCCGGGGUGCCCGGCAUUGUAAGAAAUCACAUUUUGCUGUGUAUCAUGAUGGCCGAUGAAUGGUGGAUUAUCACAAAGCUGACAGCUGUGUCAACAGUGUGAUGCAUUUUAAGAAACGGUUGCAGAUUAACAAUGAUGGUGAGGAAAACCUCCG